AUGCAGGGUAACCACCACCCAAACAGCCAACAGAGCCAGAACGAGAAACUGAUCCAAACCCUUCUGUGUCGCUCGCAGGUCUCUCUGGCUACGGAUCCGGGUCAGCUUCGGGAUCUGGAUCCGAGGACGAGCGGGACGUCGCACCGACGCCGGCGAGACCGCCGAUUGAGCCGAGCAUGGGUAGUACGCGUGCGGUAUUUCGUGAGUGAACGAAAGCAAGAGACGAGCUGCUCCUGCUACUGACAAAGUGGCACAUCCCAUAGCCUCCUCCUCGACCCUCUCACGCGUCAAAGCGACAACCACGACCGGCGGCGGGAACAGCUCCACCUCGUCGUCCAGAGCAUCAUCCCCUCUCCCCGGAGUCAAGGUCACGAACCAUCAUUUACCUUCUUCGAACCUCAACUCGCCGGGGGGGAGGUACCAGAAUGGCAAGGGCAAACAGAGGUCCUCGUCGCCCCCUCCUUACGAACGCGCGACGACGGCCGAACCUACACCACCCUCGCGCACGAGCGAUCAACUCACUCCACCCAGCUCGCCCCACCACCACCGUACGACUCGCCAAGCCGGUUCAGCCAUCGCCACCACAUCCAACAUCACCCUCGAUUCCCUCUCCCAAUUCAACAUACCCCCCUUACCGACCCUCGGCGUGAACCCAAACGUACAAUCCAAAAUCGACAAAUUCGUCACCCUCGCCCACGAGAGAAACCUCUGGUUCAACGAUACGUUGGAAUCGAGCAAGGCGUUCAGGAAUCCGAGGAUACUGAGUCAGUUGGUCGGCUUGGUCGGCGUCGAGGAGACGAGUAGUAUGUGGGGGAAAGCAUUUUGGGAUGUCCAACUCGUUGCGACGGAAGGGGAUGCGAGGAGGAUUGGUACGUCAAGCUUUGGUUCGCACGAGUGGGCUGCGAAUCAGGAAGAAUGAGAUUGAAUUGUUUCAUUUCUCGCAGCCACAAUGCAAAAGGACCAAUCCGAGGCACGUCAACAAGCCCAAGCCGCAGGAUCGAGAUCCAACAUCUCCUUCACCUCCGCGUCAUCGACCUUGCAAGCCUCACAUCGUGAUCAAAGCGAGAAUGGGAGGCAUCACGACGCCGGCUCGGGGAAACACGAUCGGGAUCGGGAUCGAAAUAGGGACAGGGAUAGAGAGAGGAGUCGUGGUGGAGGAGCGGAUAAAGAGAGGGACAGGAAACGGUCGAGGUGGGGGCAGACGGAAAAGGGGUGA